AUGUUUUUGUUUAACAUUUUUGUUUGUUUUUGUUUGUUGCUGUUGACGAAAAAUGUGCUAACUAUGUACAGUACGAGAGAAAUAGAAGGGUACCCGAAGGGCUAUUUAUCUGAUUGUCCGGGAUCAGAUAAAGAAGCAUACAUAACUCGGAAAAGUCUCAGAUACUUGUCACUAACAAUUCACGGAGCGGGAAGUGCGCGUAGGAAAUACAACUACUUCCAAAUGACACAGUUAGCCAACGACCCAGACUUAGAUUUCAGCAGGAAGACUGUUCUGUACGUUGGGGGGUUUCUGGAUAGCCCAAACUUUCUUUUCGCAACGGCAAUGGCGAACACAUACAGGGAUUUGAAUUACAAUGUCCUACUGUUAGACACUAACAUGUUCACAACUAUGGAGUAUCCACGGGCCGCCCGAUUCAUGCGACCCGUCGGAAAGCACACCGCAAAAAUGUUGAUACAACUUACAAACAGUGGGUUGGAUCCGAAAAGGCUCGAAAUAGUCGGGCUAAGUCUCGGAGGCCAGACCGCUAGCUUCAUAGCCAAGAACUACAGAGACCUAACGAAUGUGACCGUAGCAAGAAUCACUGGGCUAGAUCCAGCCGGACCUUGCUUCAGAAACCUUGGCCCUGAUGAUAGAAUUGACAAAACUGACGCAGACUUUGUUGAUAUAAUAGGUACAAACAUCGACGGUUUCGGAAUGGCCGCACCGGUUGGCCACGUGAAUUUUUACGUGAACGGUGGUGAAUACCAACCAGGUCAGAUCCUUUGGGAUUUCUGCACGGUUCUAUGCAGUCACAUAAGGAGUCAUACGCUAUGGAUGACGGCUUUGAUAAACCCCUAUAAAUUUGUAGCCGUACAAUGCGACUCGGUGCAACAGGCGCGAGAUAAGGAAUGCUUCGACAGAGAACCCCUGGUAACAAACGUUAUGGGGUUAGAGGUAGAUAAAAACAAAGAAGGCAUUUUUUACUUGGCGACUGGUUAUGCACCACCGUAUUAUUUGGGAGAAAAGGGAGUGAGGAAGGAGAACGACUUUUUUAUAUCUAUAACUAGAACUUUGAAUGCGAGAAGUGUGAUAAAAAUUUAA